AUGGUUCAUGGAAACCAACGUGACCCUCAAGUGUGGGGCAAUUUGUUGGACCAAGCCUUGGCUUCGCAUGCUGAGCUUUCACCGCAUGACAUGGCCAGCAUCUUGUGGUCAAUGUCGAAAGCCCGCUACCAUCACGAAACGUUGGUCAAAGAGUUUGCGCGCACCUUGUCAUUUCGAGCUGGCGUGACAUCCAUCGUGACAGCUAUGCUGGCAUUGGACCGGUUGGGCUUGCCCACGGAAUCGCUUAGGGCUCCCUUUCUGCAGCAGCUAAGCGGGCACUGCCAAGAACUCAGUUUUGCAGAUUUGCGACGGGUCCUCAUGGCAUUGGCACGAUGCUGGAAACAAGCAGCUGUCCAGCAAGAUCUGUUGUUUGAGAUUUGCGACGCCACUGCUGACAAAGCCAUCGGCUGUGACCCACGAGACCUUGUGGCGAUGCCACAACAUUUGGGCCGGCUACAGUUUCUGCACGGGCCACUGCUCUCUGCAUCAGCUGAUGCGGUGUCCAGGCUGGUGGCUUCACGUUUAUCCGUUCUGCCUUUGGAUAUCCUGCGUGCCAUGGAUGGUUUCCUCCUGGUAGCCGGUUUCUUGGAGGCGGGUGCAGCUCGUGCUCAAACCUUAGAGCUUGCACGAAAGUGUCAGCUCUUUGGGGGACAGCUGCUGAAAUCAUCAAGGCAGUCGGAGCUUUGGAACAUCGGAUCACAGCUUUUGGGCGCCGAGAUUGUGAGCUCACAAGUUUGGGUUCUGUGGGCCUCAGAGAUGGUUCAGCACUCGCCCGAGACCAGUCGCGCAAGAGGAGUUGCAGUUCUACGCCAGCAAAUGGCAAAGAAAUGGUCAUUGGAUCGUCCUCCGGAAGGAUUGCAAGAAGCGCUUCAAGUCUUGUUGAGACCUCAAGAAAACAGUGCCGCAAGCGCUUGGAAAGCGCGGUUUCGACUUGCAGCGACAUGCAGCGACAUUGCCUUGUCAGUCGUUGCAAUCCAUCCGCGCCUCCACCAGCUGUCGCAGUGCAGGAAAAUCAUUAACGUGUGUGUUCGAGUUGAGUUAUGUUGA